AUGGCUGCUGCCCUGCUGCUGCUGCUGCUGGCACUGCUGCCCUGGGUGCUGCCGCUGCCCGAUCCUAGCAUCUUUUUAAUCUACAACGAAGACCACAAGCGCUGUGUGCUGGCUCAGAGCUCCAACUCGGUGACAACUGCCCCUUGUGUGCAAGAAAAUGAGUCACAGAAAUUCAAGUGGGUCUCAGCUCACCAGCUGAUGAGUGUAGCAUUCAAACUGUGCCUGGGAGUGCCUUCGAAGAAAGACUGGGUCCCCAUCACCCUGUACCCCUGUGACAAGGCCAGCGAGCUCCAGCGCUGGGAGUGCAGGAAUGAGACUCUCUUUGCAAUCCAAGGGGAAGAUCUGUUCUUCAACUAUGGAAACAGACAGGAGAGAAAUAUUAUGCUGUACAAGGGAUCUGGUUUGUGGAGUAGGUGGAAGGUCUACGGCACAACAGACGAUCUGUGCUCUCGAGGCUACCAAGAUACCUACACAGUGAAAGGAAAUGCCAAUGGAGCUCCUUGUGUCUUCCCUUUCAAGUUUGGUGACCAGUGGUAUGCUGACUGCACAGAUGCUGGCAGGUCUGAUGGCUGGUUCUGGUGUGGAACCACUUCAAACUUUGAUGCAGACAAGAUGUAUGGAUUUUGCCCCUUGAAAUUUAACAGUAUGGAUUCCCUGUGGAAUACAGAUCCUUUAACAAAUGUCCAGUACCAGAUAAACUCUGAUGCAGCCCUGCAGUGGCACCAGGCAAGAAAAAGCUGUCAACAACAGAAGGCAGAGUUACUAAGCAUCACAGAGCUGCAUGAGCAAACAUACCUGGCAGGUCUGACCAGCAGGCUGAGCUCUGCUCUCUGGCUUGGACUCAACAGUUUGAAUUUCAACAGCGGCUGGCAGUGGGUUGGGGGAGCUCCCUUUCGGUACCUGAACUGGCUGCCAGGCCAUCCUUCUCCAGAGCCUGGCAAAGUCUGUGGUGCAUUGAAUCCUGGCAAAGGUGCCAAGUGGGAGACUCGGGAAUGCAGCCAGAAGCUUGGCUACGUUUGCAAACGAGGAAAUGCCACCCUGCAGUCCUUCAUCAUUCCCACAGAGACUAACGUCCCUGUUAGAUGUCCUGCUCAAUGGAUGUCCUAUGCUGGUCACUGCUACAGAAUUCACAGGGACCCCAAAAUGUGGAAAGAUGCACUAUCAGCUUGCAGGAAAGAGGAUGGGGAUCUGACCAGCAUCCAUAAUGUGGAAGAGUACAGCUUUGUUAUUUCUCAGCUUGGCUACCAGGCUGCUGAUGAGCUGUGGCUCGGGCUGAACGACCUGAAGGUUCAGAUGUACUUUGAAUGGAGCGACAGCACACCUGUCACCUACACCAAGUGGUUGAGGGGAGAGCCCACCCAUGCCAACAACAGGCAGGAGGACUGUGUUGUUAUGAAGGGAAAGGAUGGAUUCUGGGCAGACCAUUCCUGUGAAAAGAAAAUUGGCUACAUCUGUAAAAGAAAACCAUUGUCAGAAGCUCCUGCAGAAGAGGAAGCAGCUGACAUGGGCUGCCAGAGAGGCUGGAAGAGGCAUGGCUUUUACUGUUACUUCAUCGGCAACACCUUUGUAUCCUUUUCUGAGGCCAAUCAGACCUGUGGAAGGCACCAAGCCUCUUUAGUAACCGUUGAAGACAAAUUUGAACAAGCCUACCUGACCAGCCUGGUGGGGCUGAGAACAGAGAGAUACUUUUGGAUUGGCCUUUCAGAUGUGGAAGAAAAGGGAACCUUCAAGUGGGCCAAUGGCCAACCUGUCUUGUUUACACACUGGAACUCAGAAAUGCCUGGCAGGAAGACAGGCUGCGUUGCCAUGAGGACUGGAACUGCAGGUGGAUUAUGGGAGGUAAUCAGAUGUGAAGAAAAGGCAAAGUUCCUCUGCAAGGUGUGGGCAGAGGGAGUGACUCUUCCACCUGCCCCUACCACCACCCCUGUCCCGCGGUGUCCAGCAGGCUGGGACUCGAGCCGUCGCUUUAGCUUCUGUUUCAAGCCUUUUUCAGGGGUAGAGCAUAAGAAGACAUGGCUUGAAUCUCAGGAGUUCUGUCGAGCUAUCGGGGGAGACCUGGCCUCCAUCACCAGCAAGGAAGACCAGUACGUGAUCUGGAGCUCCAUCACGAAAAAUGGCCUUUUGCACCAGCAUUUCUGGAUGGGCUUGUACUACCUGAAUCCUGAGGAUGGCUUUGUUUGGAGUGAUGGAUCCCCAGUGAGGUAUGAAAACUGGGGCUUCGGAGAACCCAACAAUUACCAAGGAAUUGAACUGUGUGCAGAGGUCAGUGGAGACUUCCCCAUGCGUUGGAAUGACAGGCACUGUGAUUACCUCUAUGGAUGGAUUUGCCAGAUCAGAAAAGGGGCAAGUGUAAAGCCUGAACCCACAGAAUCUCCUGUCCCCAAAUACAAGACAACUGAGGAUGGGUGGGUGAUAAAUGAAGACAAACAGUAUUAUUUCAGCACAGAGAGUGUUCCUAUGGAAAAAGGUCGGGAGUUCUGCAGAAGGAACUUUGGAGACCUGGCUGUCAUCGAGGGUGAAAGCGAAAGGAAGUUCCUCUGGCGAUACAUUCUGAAAAAUGGCAAAGAGGAGUCCUACUUCAUUGGCUUACAACUGAGUGUUGACCAACGAGCAAGCUGGAUGGAUGGCACCCCAGUGAGUUACCUGGCCUGGGCACCACACGAACCUAACUUUGCAAACAACGACGAAAACUGUGUGGUUAUGUACAGGAAUUUAGGGUACUGGAAUGACAUAAACUGUGGUUAUCCCAAUCCCUACAUAUGUGAAAGGCACAACAGCUCCAUUAAUGCCACUGCUGCUCCAACAACAUCUUCAAGCCCAAGAGGAUGUCAUCCUGCUUGGCUUUCCUUUCACAAUAAGUGCUACAAGAUCUUUGGCUCUGCCGAGGAUGAACGUGUCACCUGGCAUGCUGCACGGACAGCCUGCAUGAACCUGGGAGGCAACCUGGCCAGCAUCCCCAAUGCACAAGUGCAAGCUUUCCUCACAUUCCAUAUGAAAGAUUUUGCUACUGAUGUAUGGAUUGGACUUAAUGACAUAAAUCAUGAGCUGAAGUUCCUCUGGACAGAUGGAACAGGAGUUUACUUUACAAACUGGGCCAAAGGCUUCCCAUCAGGACACAGGGGUUUAUAUGAUGGGCAGGCUGAUUGUGUUGUCAUGAGGAACAGCCCUGUGAAGAAAGCAGGGAAGUGGGCUGAUGAGACUUGUGGGAGCACCAGAGGAUACAUUUGCCAGAUCAAUGCAGAAGCUGAGUUUCAGCCUUCUCCAAGCUCCUCCAGCAUUAUCCGUUAUGGUAACAGCAGUUAUUUGUUCAUCCACACCAAAAUGGAGUGGGAGGAUGCAAGAAAAAACUGCAGACAGGAGCAGUUUGACCUUUCCAGCAUCCUAGACCCCUACAGCCACUCUUUCCUGUGGCUGAAGAUGCUGAAGUAUGGACUGCCUGUCUGGAUUGGUCUGAACAGUAAUGUGACCAACGGGCGCUAUGAAUGGGUAGACAACUGGAGAAUGAAGUACACCAAAUGGGCUGAAGGGGAGCCAAAGCAGAAGAUAGGCUGUGUCUAUCUAGAUGUUUCUGGAGACUGGAAGACAGGAUCCUGCAAUGAAAGCUACUUCUCUGUUUGCAAAAAAGCUGAUGUUCAAGCUCCCACUGAGCCCCCUCAGCUUCCAGGAAAGUGCCCUGAAUCAGAAGGACGCAAGUCCUGGAUCCCUUUCCGAGGUCACUGCUACUACAUUGAAUCUUCAUCUACAAGAAACUGGGCCCAGGCAUCUCUAGAAUGUCUCAGACUAGGUGCCUCUUUGGUAUCAGUUGAAGACUCAGCUGAAGCUAACUUCCUGGCAAAUGCCAUAGCACCACUUGAAGGAAAAGUAUCAGCUUUUUGGACAGGAAUGUACAGAAAUGUGGAUGGACAAUGGCUGUGGCUGGACAACACUGUGGUGGAUUUUGUCAACUGGAACGUGGGAGAACCUUCCUCUCUGCAGAAUGAGCACUGUGUUGAGAUGUAUGCAGACUCUGGCUACUGGAAUAAUAACUACUGCUCUUCAUUCAAAAGCUUUGUCUGUAAAAAGCCCAAAAUAGCGGAGACGCCGCCGGCAGCUGAGAUGCCACCCACUGAAAUGCCUCCCAAGGCCAUGACAGAGGACGAGAAGUCUGCUGCUCUGGACCACGGUAAAACAGGAGUUGUAGUCAUUGUUGUCAUCUUCAUCCUGGCUGGCAGCAGCCUGGCAGGCUACCUCUUCUACAAAAGGAGGAAGGCUCGCCUGCCAACAAGUGACAGCUUUGAGAACAAUCUGUACUUCAAUGGGGAGGCAGCUUCUGGCACCAGUGACACCAAGGAUCUUGUGUCCAACAUCGAGCACAACGAGCACGCCACCCUCUAA